AUGUGACCUAUCCGUGGCGGUGCAGCUGUCGUUCCCAACCUGAGGGAGUUGGGGGUGAAACAGUGGAAUGGGAGAGAAGAAGAUAGAUAACACGAGCUGAUUUAAGGACUUGGAAGCCUAAAAAGGUUAAUGGUGUAGCUUUUAAAAAGCUCUAAAGGGUUGUUACUGAAAGCACACGAGACUAGGAGGCCUGAGCGGUUUGACAUUUAGGAACAAGGGUCUCUCUCUCUUUUUCUCUCUCUCUCUUCUUCACCACUCAUUGCCAGGGGGUUAAAGCUGUUGAAAGGGACCAUGGCAGUGGCCGCUAAUGCUACAUGAUCUAGGGUGGACUUACACCUACAGCCUGCACUCGCCAAAGGACACGCACAGGACAGGCUUUAGCAAACGAUUUGAGAUGUAAUAUUUUGCUCCAUGGAUCUUGUUACCUUAACUUGGACUUUGCGGGGAUGUCCAAAAGGAUUCCUUUCAGCUUUAGUGGCAAAAGUCAGUCCUCGGCGAACCAGCUCAGGUCGACCAUCCUCUCUACUCCCUGUGAGACCAAAGGUACCUGAACCAAUGGAGUUUUUGAGAAGAGGCAUUCAAUAAAUGCAGCUCAUCUUGACUGCCCGAUCAAUUACCAGAUACAAAAAGUGCAGUUUCUGAAGGCGUCUGAAAGAAACCAAGAUGGCAGAGCGGCCUGGCUCAAGUCCCUAUCUCAACAUCCCGUCAAAGAGGGCCAAAAUCACCACUGACCGGGACGUUUCAGACGAUGGGGCCAAAACACAAGAGCCCACUGCUCCAGUUUUUAUCCGUAAACUCCGCAAAGCAGCUGUAGGAACGGGCUGCGACAUUCGACUGAGGGUGUCCGUGUCUGGAUUUCCGAGACCUUCACUGUUCUGGUACCACAACGAUGAGCUCCUUCCUCCAUCAGAAGCCCAGGACUCAGGGGGGCUGUGGAUACGGGACUGCCACACAAGCGAUGCUGGCUUGUAUACCUGCGUGGCGACCAACGAGCUGGGAGAGGCUAACUGCAGUGCUGUCUUGGCUGUUAUGGACCUCGGUGAAGACUCUGAGACCACAGAGGAUGAGACCACAGAACCUCAGAUGGAAACCAAAGAAGGGCCCGGGAGGCACCAAGACAAGGCCGGUCGGAGAGGACCUUCAGGUGAGGGAGGAAGGAUGAUGGACUAUAACCCAGACGCUCCAGAUCGCAGGGCCACCCUCCCUGGCUCCUAUGACCCCGUGGUGGAGCGAGAGCUCCGCGCUCUGGGCUCUCGCCCCCCGGGGCCCCAUUUGGACCCCGCGAACCCAGCCAGGACUGCUGAUGAGUUAAGGGGGCUCUCCUCCCGUGUCCCCCUGUCUCUCGGCACGCACAAAAACAGCAUCGGCACACCAAAACCAGAUCUGGAUAAAGCCAAACCUAAAGAUCCCCUUGCUUCUAACGUGGACCAGUCAUCCGGCGUCAACAGUGGCGCCAUGACACCCAAACUGGCUCGUGCAGGACCCAAGAUCUUCGACAAGGUCCGGGCUUUCGAGGGACGGAGGGCGAGCGUGGACUUGCCAGCUUCCUUCGACUCGGACGACGGCGGAAAGAAGACGGGGGGCCCCAGCAAAGAGGACGGCCAAGUCCCGCAGGGCUCGGCCCAGAAGAGAGCAGCUUUCAAGCAACGGGCGUCUUCAUUAGAGGACAAGAUGAGCUACUCCCAGAGGGUCCAGAGCUACCAGAGCAAGUUUGCAGAAGAGCUCCAGAGGAUCAAGAAACUUGUGGGGAAGCCGAGCUUGAAGAAGGCGUAUUCCACUGAGCAGCUGUCUCAGAGGGACAGGCAGAACACGGGGAAAAUAGAGCCAAUUCCUCCUCAAGUAGUCAAAAAGUUGGAGGCGAGGGAGAGGGCCCUGGAGGAAGGGAAAGCUGGCGAGAGGGAAAGAAGCAGCAUAUUGCAGGUUUCUGCGCAGGCCCAAGGCCAAGGUCUGGGCAAUCUAAAGAAGAACCCAGAAAAGGAGAAGAUGACACAGCCAGACUCGCAGGGGAAACCAGAGGAUAGAUCAUCACGGGGAAGCGCAGGGAAAAUCUCUGUUACCAUGGAAACGGCACCAGUUCACCAGUUACCCGGGCAACCAUUGCCAACACGGACAAGCCUCAUCAGGGAAACCCUACAAAGCUCUCCGGCAGCUGAAAAAGACGCACUUGUUGCCGCAUCCUACAAAACGUCAUCAGAUUCAAAGAGAGACACCAGGACGGACGGCAAAGCAGAUCACCGAUCACCCAGCCCAACGGACAAGAGGCCAACCCUAGGGACUGUGAGGGAACCAGGGUCAACCCAGUACCCACCCAAGCCUCCCCGCCUCGCCCCGUCGCCCACCCCUUCCCUCAGCCCUCUCCUGAAGAGGAGGAAGGCGGAGGCGGGCCGGACAUCUCCAGCCUUGAGAGUGAACGUCCCCGCCAUCCUGGUGGAGGAUGAACCCAUGGAGACGGAGAGCGCACCAGACAGGAGCAGCGAGGGGAGCAAGUCCAGGAGGAGGGAGGGCAGAGUUCGCAAAGGCAAGAAAGGCCGUUCUGCUCAAGCCAGGUCUCCGGAGGAAGGGGGCUCAUCUGAUGACUCCUACCUGUCUGCCGAUGAGGAGCCAGCUGAGGGCCCCAGGUUUGAGAGGCCUCUCGAGGACAUGACGGCGCAGACUGCCUCUGAGGUUACCUUGAAAUGCGUCGUCACUGGCAACCCAACCCCCACAGUGACGUGGAGGAAGGAUAACGUGGAGAUCCGGGGCGACGCCUUCCGCGCGGUUAAAGCUGAGGGGGAGAAGCACAGCCUGGUGAUAAAGGAGAUGAGGCAGAGCGACGCGGGGUCGUACUGUGUCACAGCUGUCAACGGGGCGGGUAGAGCGUCCUGCCGCGCCGUGCUCUACGUGCAAUCAGAGCCGGCCCACAUGCGAUGUGGGAAGCCACCUGAAUCCCUGGCAGUCAGCAGCCCAAUCCAGUCAGAUGAGGAGUAUAUGAGCCCUCAGGAGGAGGCGAUGGAGGUCGGAGACUCGUCUUUUCAGAGUAAAAGGGUCCACUUCAAGGACCCUCCCUCAUUUCAGGUGGCGCCAUGUGACCAGGCCGUAAUCGAGGGUCAAGAUGUUGUGCUGACGGCGAGAGUCAGAGGGCUGCCCAAGCCCAUGGUCUACUGGCUGAAAGACAAAGUCGCGGUGAAGACGGCGGGGCGCUUCGCCGUGCAUGACGCGGAGGACGGCACCAGCGAAAUGAGAAUCAGCCCAGCUCAGAUGUCGGACGCCGGGCUUUACGUCUGCAAGAUCGUCAACGAGUACGGGAGCAAGCAGGCGGAGUUUAGAGUGGAGGUCAGGGAUGCGGAGCAAACGGCGCUGAAAGUCACCAGGGAGCUAAGAGACGCGGCGGUGAGGGCCGGGGAGUCGGCCACGUUUGAGUGUCACAUCACCGGACCUCCGGACGUGGACGUGGACUGGCUGUCCAAUGGCAAACUGGUCCAGCCGGCGCUGCUCAACUGCAAGAUGCACUUCGAUGGAAAAAGGUGCCGUCUCAUGCUGAAUUCAGUACACGAGGACGACAGCGGGACGUACACCUGCAAGCUGAGCACUGCCAAAGAGGAGCUGACCUCAACCGCAAACCUGAGAGUCAGUCCAUCCAAGGAGCCUCUGUUCACUCGUAAACUGGACAUCCUGGAGGUGAUCGAAGGACGCACUGCGCGCUUUGACUGUAAGGUGAGCGGAUCACCCGCUCCGCGAGUUACAUGGAUGCACUUCGAGACACGGGUGGAGGAGAGCGACAACGUUCGCAUCCUCCAAGAGGGGGGCCGCCACUCGCUUGUCAUCGCCCACGUCAGCAGCGACACGGAAGGCUUUUACACGGCAGUGGCUCAGAACAUUUACGGGAAGUCCGAGAGCACCGCCGAGCUCUACAUGCAGGAACCGAGGGCGGCCAUCCCUUCUCACAUGGUCAAGCUGGAGAAGAUGCCCUCCAUCCCCGAGGAGCCUGAAGUGCUGGAGAAUGAGGUGGAGAAGAGGACCAUGCCGGACUUUGUCAAACCUCUGGCUGACGCGGAGGUGAUUGAGGGGAAGGAGGCGGUGCUGAAAUGCAAGGUGGCCGGCAUGCCCUACCCGACCAUCGCCUGGUACCACAACGGCAAGCGCAUCGAGAGCAGCGAAGAGCGCAAAAUGACUCAGCACAGGGAUGUCCACAAUCUGGUCAUCCGGAGCGCUUGUCACGCUCAUGGAGGCGUCUACAAGGCCGUCAUCUCUAACAAAGUGGGCAAAGCAGCCUGUUACGCUCACCUAUAUGUUACAGAUAUCGUUCCCGACCCUCCUGACGGUCCUCCAGUGAUUGAAGCCAUUACAGGGAAAACGAUAAGCCUCAGCUGGAAGAGACCAAAGAGGCCUGACCCUUCAUUUGAUACUGGCUCCUUGCUGUACGUGGUCCAGCAGCAGCCUCUGGGCUCCAUCCAGUGGUCCGUCGUGGCCUCUAACCUGAAGGAAACGAACUACACCGUCACCUCCCUGUCCAAGGGAGUCCGCUACGCCUUCCGAGUCCUGACAUCCACCGGGAAAACGCUGAGCAAACCGUCACCCUCCACCGACCUGGUCCAGCUCCUGGACAGAGGGCCUUAUUUGAGGAAAGCACCAGUCAUUUUGGACAAACCAGACAUCGUGUACGUGGUUGAGAACCAGUCUGCAAGCAUCACCAUCACGCUGAACCACGUGCAUGCGGUCGUCGCCUGGAAACGGAGGGGCGUGGUGCUAGCCAACAGACUGGGUAUGUUUGAGAUGAGCAUGCCGGACGACGACCAGCACACCCUGAAGCUGCAGCGGGUCAGGAGCGCAGACAUCGGUCAGCUGGUGGUCACAGCCAGCAACCAGUUUGGCAGCGACCUCUGCACAAUUCAGUUGGCCGUGGCAGAGCCUCCCAAAUUUGAAACCAUCAUGGAGGAUGUGGAUGUGCACGUUGGGGAGACGUCCCGACUAGCUGUCGUGGUUGAGGGGAAGCCAGAUCCAGAUAUUCUGUGGUAUAAGGAUGACGUGCAGCUCUCUGAGAGCUGCCACUUCACGUUCGUGUACGACGACCCAGAAUAUUCCCUCGUCGUCCUCAACGCUCAGCCCGAGCACUCCGGCGUGUACACCUGCACUGCCAAGAACCUGGCCGGCGCCAACUCCUGCAAGGCUGAGUUCACGGUUCACACAGAGCGACAAGAAGCGGAGGAGCCAAUGGAGGACGAGGGAACCAUUCUGAGGAAGAUGAGGCGCUUGACGGAUUACUACGAUAUCCACAAAGAGAUAGGGAGGGGGGCCUUCUCCUAUGUGAAGAAGGUGACGCAGAAGAAGGGGAAGGCCGAGUUUGCCGCCAAGUUCAUUUCCGCCCGAGGGAAGAGGAAAGCUUUGGCCCUGAGAGAGAUGGACCUGCUGUCCGAGCUGGACAACGAGAAGAUUCUUUACUUUCACGACGCUUUUGAGAAGAAGAACAUGGUGGUGCUCAUCACCGAGCUAUGUCACGAGGAGCUGCUGGAGAGAAUGGCCAAGAAAACAACAGUGAUGGAGCUGGAGAUCCGCAGCAGCGUUCAGCAGCUUUUGGAGGGCCUUCGUUAUCUUCACCAGAAAAAUAUUGCUCAUCUGGAUAUAAAGCCUGAAAACAUUUUAAUGGCCUCGCCGGGUAGUGCCCAUGUGCGCAUCUGUGACUUCGGAAACGCCGUGAAGCUGGACACGUCGGAGGACCACUACUGCAAAUACGGCACACCAGAAUAUGUCGCACCGGAGAUUGUUAACCAAACUCCUGUUUCCACGGCAACGGACAUAUGGCCUGUCGGGGUCAUCACUUAUCUCUGUCUGACGGGGGUGUCUCCUUUCGCUGGUGAGAAUGACAGAUCUACCGCCUUAAACAUCCGCAACUACAACGUGGCGUUUGAGGAGAGCAUGUUUGCCGACCUCUGCAAGGAAGCUAAGGGAUUCGUCAUCAAGCUCUUGGUGGUGGACAGACUGAGGCCCAGUGCCAUCGAGUGCCUUCGUCACCCUUGGUUCAAGUCACCAACAAACAAGAGCAUAAGCACGGCCAUGUUAAAGCAAGUUUUGGCGAGAAGACGAUGGCAGCGUUCCCUUAUCAACUACAAAUCCAAGAUGGUGAUGCGGUCCAUCCCAGAGCUCCUGAAUGACUCAUCCAGCCACGUCUCCAUUGCCGUGGCCCGACAUUUAAAAGAAGGCUCCCCGCCACCCUCCUCGUCUUCGGACUCGGAUGCAGAUGUGGAUGAGCUCCCCUUUAUUCCCAUGCCACUGUCCAUGGUCUUCUCUGGCUCCAGGGUGUCUCUUAAUGAGAUCCCUGGGGAUGAAGAUAUCACAUGGCCUGGUGUUGUUGCGGAUGGGACCAGAAAAUACAAUGUGGAUGUAGCUGGUACUAGAGGCAGGGUGAAAGAUGAAGAGGAAACUUCAAAUGAAGAGAGGAAGGAUAAGACGCAACGAGUUCCCCUUAAAAAAGGAUCAAGUGUGGAGGCCGAUGAAUCGCAGACAAAAACCAGGCGGGCUACAAUGAGGAGAGGCAGCUCUGCUGACUCAGCACUGCUUCUCCACAUUGACCCGGAGGAGGGAAAUGCAGAUGAGGAUACAGAAGCAAAUAACAAGAGCCUGAAAAAGGCUGUUUCUAUGGAACUGCCUAAUCGCAGCCCAAGCCCUGGGGCUGCAAAGUUAAGCCAGGAGGAUUACGCCCUAAAACUGGAACUGAUGAGACAGCGGCUGCUCAGGGGAGGAAGCGUGGACAAAAAGAUGAGCGGCCUGCGAGGGCCCCUGUUCGAAACACUUGGCAUGGACGACGACAGGCAGACUGGGUCUCUGGAUCGGAAUCUGAGGAGAGCCAGAGCAGGGCAGUCAACGCUCACCAGAGCAGCAUCUUCUGAGAGUCCCAUAGAGGACAUUCCAAAGACCAAAGUUUUUCGCAAAAGCGCCUCCUUCACCCAUGGGGAUUCAGAGCCCAUGCCGCUGCACCGCAGGUUUGGAGCCCCCUUAGAGAUACCGUCUCUAGGCAGUGGCAGCAUGGAAGGGAAGAAACUCCAAGAGGCAAUUUCAAUGUCCGCACUAACAGAACAAGCAACGCUAGAGUCUGCCUCGCCCACAGGAAAGACUUCCUUUGUACUCCCAGGACAGUUGGACCAACAGAACAAUGUGAAAGACCAUGAGGGUGAAGAUAGGUUAGCAGAGAUAAGGACCAAAGCACCGUUAGAAAAAACAGACAAGGUAGAAUGUGAGUCUAAAUCACCUGCUGUGAUUACUCCUAUAAUUGUAAUCGAGGAAGAUGAUGAUGCAGAAGAAAGCAAAGAAAACCAGAGGUUGCAAAUUAAUGAAAACAAAACGACAGGAGAUGGAAAAACACCAGCUUUUGAAUCCACAAGUGUUAACCAGUCUGUUGCAAAGUCGUCUGAGAAGUUUGACAAGCCUCCUGCGACAUCACAGUCCACAGAAACGUUACCCGAACAUCCGGCAGUGUUCGCCAAAGUUGCGACUGUCGACCGAUGUGCUUCGGUUUCCUCUUCGUCCAGCGCCGAAGUUCUUGCCACCCCUCGCCAGCCUGUGCUCCGAACCGAUAUAAAAGACAUUGACUCGGAGGAGGUGUUUGAGGCCAGGUUUAAGAAGCGGGAGUCGUCUUUGACCCGCGGCUUCCGGAAACUGACCAGAGCCAAAUCGGAGGAGAAAUCCCCCGUGUUGAGCCGGAAGGUAGUCGAGGGGGGCGAGGAAGUUUAUAGACCAGGGCCGAGGGGCGCACCCCUUGAAAUGGUGUCUAAAGGACUUCAGGAAAAAUCUAAAUCUGUUCAUGAUUUAAGAGGAAUAGAUCCGGAGCCAGGGCUGGGUCUAAUUGGGAGGUUGUCCUUGCGGGCCAAGAGGUCGACAUCCAUUGAGAAGAAGGGUGAGAAACCAAAGGAAGAAAAGCAACCGAAUGUGCAGGAAACUGCUGUAAACAAGAGGGUUUCGUGGGCUAUUGGUCGUAGUAAGUCCCUGGAUACGAAGGAGCUCAACAGUGGAGCAACACAGAAGCAGCUGGAUGAGAAAGAGCAAGGGAAAGCAGAAGAAUCCUCCGUGUUUGCCAUGAGGCGGAAGUUUGAGUCCAAAGUGGCUGGAAUCUCUGCCAAAAUAAGGGCUCAGUCCGAAGAGAGGAAGGAUAAAGAAACUGGCAAAGAGGUGGUCCAAAAGAGCGUGAAUAAGGUCACGGACUCUCCUGUCCUGGCGAUGCGACAGAGGUUCGAGAACAAAGUGGCCGUGAUAUCUACAAAAAUCCGCAGUCAGUCUGAGGAGAGAAAAGCGGACGCAGAGGGAAGCGGCACGCCCCUGUUUAGCCGCCAUCGCCACUCCCAAUCCGAGGGCCGCGGACUCAAAGGGAUGGGCAUCCCCGAAAAUCAGCUGGCGAAGCAAAGCGGCGCGGCCGCAUCCAAGGAAUCCGUGGAGUCCACGUCUAGCAUCCAGUCUGAAAAACCCUCCGAGAGCGACAGGCGGUCGCGGUGGGACAGGUGGGGUUUGACGAGGGGCAGGAAAGACAAAACCCCGUCGCAGACUGAUUUGCCGUCCACUGCCCCUAAAGAAGACGGUUUGACGAAGAGCCAACAGUUCAACCGCUCUACUUCGGAUUUCGCUCCGGUGUUCCACAUCAAACUCAAAGACCACAUCUUAUUGGAGGGAGAUCCCGUCACUCUUAGCUGCCUCCCAGCUGGAAGCCCACAUCCGGAAAUUAAAUGGAUGAAAGAUCGAAAGCCGUUGGAAGUGGACGACAGGGUCAACCUGAUCUCCCACCCGGACGGCAGGCAGCUUCUAACGAUCAUGAGGUCCAGCCACAAGGACGCUGGAGUUUAUGAAUGUGUUGCCACUAAUCCCAUAGCCACAAUCACUACCUCCUGUACUCUGUCUAUUGCUUGCGUCCCAAAACGACCAGGAACCCCCGAAGUUCCUCAGACUUACAAAAACACAGCCCUGGUUCUGUGGAAGCCGGCAGACACAAAAUCCCCGUGCAGCUACUCUCUGGAAAGAAAAACAGAAGGCGACACUAACUGGUUAACUGUGGCCACUGGAAUAGUCAACUGCUACUACAAUGUCACAGACCUGCCACCAGCAGGUGCUUUUAGGUUCAGGGUUUCCUGUGUCAACAAGGCCGGACAGGGGCCGCACAGCAACUGCUCCGCUCCAGUCAGCCUGGGAUCAAAAGCUGGAGGAGCUGUCGUAAAAACAGCCCCCACCCCGUCUCAACCAACGGUUACCUCCUCAGUGACGGUCCCUCCACUCAAACCAGUCCAGAGCAACGCUCCAAGGACGACGGCCUCCAUCCUCACCUCCGCAUCCUCUUCUCAAAAGGAUGCAGUCUCCCCCUCAGCAUCUUCUCUUCAGGCUACAUCUCGGUCAUCUAAAGUGGGGGUCACCCCCACUCCUCCCGCGGCAUCUGCUGGUGCGACGCCAGCGGACGCCCACAGAUUAAGCUCCGCUCUUCCUUCUCCGCCCACAAGCAAGGCGCCUCCGCCUUUUGUCCUCCCCAAACCCCAGAGUCCAGUAAAUGUGGUGAGCCCUAUGACUCAAACCCCGCCCAUAUCCCCCCCACCCCCGCUCGUGACCCCGCCUUCAACCCCCACGAAACCAGCAGUGGCCUCCGUGCCCACGUACGUCCCCGCAAACGUCACCACCACCACCACCACAGCUCGCGUGGCCCCGACUCCGGUGUCCUUUAGCCCGCCAGUACUCCAGACGUCCAGCCUGAGCCCCAUCGGUGAAGGGGCCAGUACCGCCGCCAGAGGCACUCCAUCUGGACGCACCACGCCCUCCACUGCUCUACGACAGGGGGUCCCACAGAAACCGUACACCUUCCUAGAAGAAAAAGCAAGGGGUCGGUUCGGAGUCAUUCGAGAGUGCAGAGAGAACGCGACGGGUAAACUCUACAUGGCGAAGAUCGUUCCCUACACUCAGGAGAACAAGCAGGAAGUGCUGAAGGAGUACGAGAUCCUGAAAUCGCUUCACAACGAAAAGAUAAUGGCCUUGCACGAAGCCUACGUCACACCACGCUACCUGGUGCUCGUGGCGGAGUACUGCACCGGCAAAGAGCUGCUGUACAGCCUCAUAGACAGGUUCCGUUACUCUGAGGACGACGUGGCGGGGUACCUGGUCCAGAUCCUCCAGGGUGUUGAAUACCUCCACAACCGCCGCAUCCUCCACCUGGACCUGAAGCCCGAGAACAUCAUGGUGACCAACCUGAACGCCAUAAAGAUCGUGGACUACGGCAGCGCCCAGAGCUUCAACCCCCUCAGCCUCAAACAGCAGGACUCGGGAGCAGGAACGCUGGAAUACAUGGCUCCUGAGAUGGUGAAACGUGAAGUUGUCGGUCCUCCUGCAGAUAUUUGGACCGUUGGAGUUGUCACCUUUAUCAUGCUUAGUGGCCGGCUACCCUUUGAAGAUAAGGACCCUCAACAAGUUGAAUCCAAAAUCCUCAUGGCCAAGUUUGACCCAUCUAAACUGUACCCAAAUGUGUCCCAAAGUGCCUCCGCCUUUCUCAAGAAGAUGCUGAGCAGUUACCCAUGGGCUCGUCCGACCACGCGGGACUGCUUCACGCUCGCCUGGCUGCAGGACUCCUACCUGAUGAAGCUCAGGAGGCAGACUCUCACCUUCACCUCCAACCGACUGAAGGAGUUCCUGGUGGAGCAGCAAUGCCGUCGCACAGAGCUCGCCACCAAGCACAAGGUGCUGCUGCGCACCUACCAGGGCUCGCCGCAGUCCCCCGCGUCCGGGACUGCGCCGCACGUUCCGAGCCCGAAGUGAGGAGCCGGCGAAGACGCAAAAACCGGGAAUACAACUGCAGAGCACCUUCCCAUCUUAAGAGCUCCUCUGUGAACCCAACGCUGCAUGAGACGAACCGUCGGCCUGCCAAUUGAGGCGCGGUUAAACACACGGGGGACGGGCAGAGUGAUGGAUACAUCCAGAAAGAUCACACUAGAGUGUUAUUCUGGGAUAAUUCAGUGGGAUUCUGGCAAGAAACGAAAACACAAAAUCCCAAGAAACAAGAAGCAGAUGUGUUUAUUGAACCGAUGAAAGGAUAAAGGAUGGUCCUUGGUUCCCUUUGAUUGCACAAUUUCUCCAUCACAUUGUGAAUUCAGAAAUUGCACAUUAUUAUUUGGUUCUCCGCACGGAACGUGUGUGUCAUUACCCGCGCGACAUUGUUCUCGUCACUAAACUUAGUAGUAAACAACUCAUGUGAAUGUACCUUGAUUUAAGCUGCUAACUUAUUACUAUUAUUAUUAUUUUUAGCAUUUUAGUCUCACAUUUUAGAACUCAAAACCAAAAAUAGUCUUUUUUUUCCCCUUUAAAACUUGUUUACUUUUCCAUGUUAAUUUAUUUGCAUGAGUGUGCGCGUAUGUGUCCGUGUGUGUGCGUGUGCGUGUGCACGAGCAUUUUUGAGUCACUUUUUGAAUUAGCAUCAUGAAUAUGUAAUAAAAAAUAAGGAGUGUCUUUGUGAUUGGUGUUAAGAAUCAAACAUGAGAUAUUUUAGGGCGAGCUAGGAUUGUAGUAAAACUUCUUGUUCUGUGGUUAAGACUCCAACCUAACUGUAAAGCAGUCGGCAAUGUAGAUAAAUAACAUUUUACCCUGGAAAAGUCUGGGAAGUUAGCGUGGUUUGUCAGUAUUACCCAUCGGUCGGUCAGAUCACCCAGUCAGUGCCUAAAAUGGAUUCAAGUCCAAAAUGUCUAUGUUUCCAUUGGUUCAAAUUCAAUCGAACACAAUAUUUGGAUGGCAGAUAUUUGUUCCGUGCAUCCGUUUAUACAUGCAUACACUGAACAGUCCCUGUAAUAAUAGAACGUCCCGUGUACUGCUUUAUCACAGUGUUCCUUUUUGUAUGAAUUCGGACGGUUGAAGAUUUGUAAAUGUACCUAUUUGCGGUGUUUAUAUGUGGAAACAGUUGAAGAUGUUUUUAUGAGAUAGUAUGUAAUAAACUGUUGAUAACAA